CCAACAUCUACCAAAGUGGUGUAGCCUGUUUAGCUCGCUGCUGCGAUUAGAAGCCCUUACAAUGCAUGUGGCGUGAUUUAUUAAGCGCUGCGUGAAGAAAAUACUGACAGCCGUAUCCUUUCAGGAUUAUUAGAGAGGAUACAGCCAUGGGGCCAGAAGUCACACCUGUCAUUAAAACAGAAUCCUCUGAUGAAGAUCCGGAGGUCGUCAUGGUGAUGAUGGGUUCCGAGUCAGAUUCCAAUGAUGCUUCGACUCCCACUCAGCCUGAGAACUCCGCUAAACCUGCUCGCAGUAUCUCAGACAGGGCUUUCCCGUGCUCUGACUGUGGCAAGGUAUUUAACAGGCCAUCAAAGUUGGAGAGACAUAAACCUGUUCACACAAGGAAGCCUAAGACUCUUUAUCAAUGUCAGCACUGUGACAAGAGCUUCCCGCAACAGGAGAAGCUGAACCGACACCAGAAAUGCCACAAUAGGUCCAACCAGCACCCCUGUCCCGACUGCGGGAAAAUUUUUAAUCGGCCUUCCAAGUUAGAGAGGCAUAAGCGCACACACUCGAAGAAACCCAAAGCACUCCAUCAGUGCUCAUACUGCAUGAAGACGUUCAGUAAACUCAACAAACUGGUCCGCCACAAGCGGAUGCACACCGGCGAGAGGCCUUUUGUCUGCUCGGUCUGCGGAAAAGGAUUUUCUGAAGCAGGUCACUGCAAAGCACAUGAAAAGACGCACGAAGAGCAGCCGGAAAAGCCCCACUGCUGCCCAGACUGCGGGAUGUGUUUCUUCAAGGCCUCCGAGCUCCGCCGGCACUUUCGCUCGCACACGGGCGAGAAACCAUUCAAAUGCUCCGUCUGCGAGAGCUGCUUCUCCCGCUCCGAAGGGCUGAAGAGACACAUGAGGAGCCACACCGGGGAAAGGCCCUUCAAAUGCCUGAUCUGCUUCAAAGGAUUUUAUUCCCGCCAGGACCUGAAUAUCCACGGCUUGACCCACUCUGGCGAGAAACCGCAUCUCUGCCCCGUGUGCGGUAAAGGCUUCUCACAGCUGGGCAACAUGAAGGAGCACGAACAAAAUGUUCACAUUAAGUCUGCGAAUUAUAUUUGUAACGACUGCGGAGCGUCCUUCACCCGGUACAAGUCGCUGACCAAGCAUCAGCGGACACACACAGGAGAAAGACCCUACCUGUGCCUCACCUGUGGCCGCAGGUUUUCCUGGAGCCACUCUCUCAGCAGACACCGCAGGUCACACGCUCACAGACAGAUGUCCAUGGAAACAGCCAAAGGCCUGUUAGGUUUUGAAGGACCCUCAGAGACUCCCAGCAGUUAAAAGUAUAUCUUGACAAAACGAACACGCCAACAUACCUGAUUUCUUGCUCAGUAGAUUGUAACAUAACGAUCAGCCAUUCAUUCGAGGUACAGAUGAGCCUUUUUCACUCUGUGCAGUUUAUGACUUUUUUUUUUUUUUUUGCCAAUAGUGACCAAUGACAAAGCAUCAAAAUCAAACUUUUUGUUGUGCCUAAAAUAUCUGAGCUCACGACAGGACGUGAGUUUGCUCUGCUCAUGUCUUCCUCAGUGUGACAGAUUUGGAUUGAGCCGGAGAUAAUCCCCCAAUUUUUCACUUGGCACAACCGAGAAGCCAAAUAAGAAAGUUGCACUACCAAAAAAGCCUUUAAUUUUUUUUUUUAGAUGCCUAAAAUAAAUCGUAAAUGGUCAAUAACAGACGCUCUUCCCUACAGCACUUUUGGUGUUGUUCAUUAACCUGUUGAUCUGUUUAUCUUCUACACUUGCUGUAUCUAAGUCAGAAUUAAAAGAGUUGGAGUUCAUCAAACUUUGGAGUAAUGCUGUUAUCAUAGGAUGAAGAUAAUCAAACCUGCCAAAAACAAAGUGUUACAGCUAAAAUAAGUGGGUUUUUUUUUUUAUUUUAUUUUCUUUAUCUCCGUGGAGGUAUGCUACCAGUGAAACUAGCUGCUUCCUGUGAUCCGCCAAUCACAAAGUGGCAAUAUGUUUUGAAAGCAGUGGUUCAAAAGCACUUCAUGCAAGAGCAAUUUUUUUGUGGUUGGAUUUAUGUUCAUAGACUUCAAACUCGCUGCUUCACAAAUGUUAUGUUGUAAUUCCAGUUUUAUUGAAAUGUACAGCAUAAAUAUGGUAUAGUUAUAAUUUCAUUUCCAGCACACUUUGGACUUUACUCAGUGAGCACAUCUUGAGACCCUGUUGUAUGUAUUCAGUGUGUAUCACAAACAUUUUUUUUAAGAAAUGUGGUUCAGUGUUCUUUGUUUUAUAUAAGGUUUGAUAAUAUGGUGUCUCAAAUAAUUCUGCUACAUGUUUUCUGCUUAUAAAAGCAAGUGUACAAUAAUAAUAUCAGUGCAAUGCCAUGGCACACGCAAGGACGAUGAAAGUACCACAAGUGCAUAUCUGUGAAAUAAAAAUAAAUGUGGACAUGCUGAUUCAACAUCAUUAUCCAAGUGAAAACAAACAAAACACCAACGUGAAGCAUUUAAGAGAAACAUAGUUUGAAUGACAUUUGUUCUGGGUUUUUUUUUUCUGAUCUUUAAGCAGAUAUCAAACUUUAGGUCAGGUCAUUGAAGGUGAACACACUUCUGCUAUAUUUGUCAAUUUUAUUGACUUUACUUUCAACUACUCCCUUUGUCUGUUCCAUAUUAUUGCUUUUUAUGGUUUUUUUGUUGAUGUUUUUUUACUUCUGUGAUGCAUGGAUUGCACUUAUGAAUACACAACAAAACUGUAUUUCCUUCUGUUUUUGACAUAAAUCUGUGUACUUAAUAUGAAUUCCUAAAUCCAAAAUAAAAUGAGAACAUGAACACUC